AUGGCUGUGGGAGCUCAAACUCCUCACGGUCGGCCGGUGUUCAUCGUGGAAAUGCACCAAGGCGGCGAAUCGAGCAAUGUUCACGUUCAACCAGGCGUCAACCCUACGAUCCCAAAUCAGUCGUAUGCACCAUAUCAAGCUACAACUCGAGAUGAGCAAUAUUCCUUCGCGACCGGAACACCUGCACGAACUGAGAAGCCCCCGAUAGAAGAGAAGAACCCCGUUGAGAUGCGUUAUGACCAGCUCAUGAAUGGUCGGAUUGGGAGAUGGCUCUCCGCGGCUAUCGCAUUGGGCCUCGCGGCUGGCGUCAUAUCGAAACGGCCAGGAACCCUAUUAUACACGGCAUGCAUUAUCAAUAUGGUCAUUGCCGGUAUACACUUAUUCCCACUCGGUCCAGCAGCAAAACCUAUUGCUGCGAAUAAUGUCCGUCCACCAACAUGGUACCUCGUUGUACUGUCCAUAUCUACCCUCUCUUGGAUCGCCGGGAUGUCCUUAAUGUUUGCAGUCAUCAGCGAAGACGACAAGUACGUCAUAUUCGAUCCCAAGAAGCACGCUAGGCGAGGUGUAGGGACGUUGAUUGGGACUGGAACGGGCACACUUGCAAUGUUGGAGAAUAUAACCAUUGCGUGCGGAUGCAUGGGAGCCAGUGCUUUAAUUUGCUGUUUAUACCAGUGGUACAUUGUGCGGCGCAUUUUUACCGACAAGUUUGAAGAAGCGGAUAUUAGGAAGGCCUUCUCCGGAUAG